UUAUUCUUCAUUAUGCUAUGCAUCUACUCCCAUCAUGGCGACUACUUACCUUAAAACCGCAGCGAACUACUUUGGCCUCCGUGAGCAGCGUCCCUGGCCUUCAACUCUGUAGCUGCACAUAGAUGACAAGCACCGGCAGUCACAGUGACAGCGCGUUUGGCGAGUCUAGUGCUGCGAGUGCGACGCUCGACAACGUGGAGCCCGUUGCCCUGCCUCAAGUCUCUGCGAUGAUGAACCGUUGGGUCGCGUCAAGCGUCGGCCGAGCCGCUCACAAUGGUACUGCUGUCGACGCGGACGCGCCCGAGGUGGUGGAUCGUAAGGUCAGAGCACUACAGAACAAACUCACGACGAAGAACUUCCGCUCGAUCUCGAACCAGAUUGUCGCCUGGGAGAACAAGAGUGAGAAGGAGAAGGACGGCCGCACGCUCAUCCGGGUCACACGUCUCGUGCUCGAGAGGGCGAAAGAUGAGGCGGUGUGGAACAGCCUGCACGCGCGCCUCUGUCACAAAGAGGAGUUCGAGGGCGGUUGGGCAAAGAGUGACGUGAGCGCGACGAGGGGCUCCAAGGAGACGAACGAGGAGGGCACGAUAGCGAAAGAGAAGGAGGGCGAAACAGACAAAUCGGCGCUGUACUGGGACGAGGACUACGCUGCCCAGAAGGCUGUUAUGACACGCUUUUUCUUCUCUUACCUAAAGAGGCAGGACCUCUAA